UUAUAACCGCUGACAUCUACCUCAUUUUCUUCAUCGGUAGUAGGUUGAGCAUGGUAUUUCUCGAUGUCUUGGUAAGCUAGAACCAGCUCGCAUAUCUCGCGCUCCACUCCUUCCCAAUAGACGGUGCUGAGUACACGGAGAAUUUCGUCGGAGUUUCCAUCGCGAAUAUGCUCACUUGAGGUGUCGGAAGAAGAUUCAAGAUCCAUCGUAUCGUGCGGAAAGUGAUAUAUUUGGGGAUGCGUUUCGCUAAAACGCCCCUCGCCUGUGUAACACUGCCAAGUGUCCCAGCGGCAAUGACGACUCACAUUCUGGCACGAUCGAGCUAGCUAAGACCUCGCAAUAGUUUCAGAAUGCCGAAGACCAGGGAAGAGGUGAACAAAGGGCUGUGGAAAAAGUUCCGUAAGUCCACAACAAAGACUGUCCUUGCAGAAAGCGGCGGAGCCAUAUCUUUUGCCUCAAACAGCGCGUCGCAGUCAACUGGCAGUACUUCAAAUGCGGUCGCGCUCUCCAAGGCGUUCAAAAAGCUAAACGAUAUCGACUUCUCGUACAACAUUGCCGAACAGCUGGAGAACCCGCUCAUCGACUAUAUUGGUAGAAUCGAAUGUUAUGAAAAUCAUCGCCUUCGGAGUGAAGGCGAUACUCUUGAAUUGAACGAGAUACAAUGGCAGCAAGUCCAUCUUGCAGCAGAGUGGGCCGUACAAGUGCACAAAAUCGACAAAUCAUCGGAAGAUACAAUUUUUCAUGGGAUAAAAGACCCUACUGGGCACACGAGGCAAUUCUGCCUGCACAAGGCAACGAUCGACGGACGUGUUACAGUUGUGAUAGCGUUUCGCGCCACUAGGUAUCCAAUGUACUCUCCGAUGCAAAUGGCAGUAAAUACGAACGCAGAGCCCAUAGCUUGCGAAGAGCUAGGAGUAGGCAUGAAAGUUCAUCGCGGUUUUCUCAGCCUCGCGAAGAGUAUGGAAACUUCGGUCGCAGCAAAGUUGGAUGAGUUGCUAGCCACUGGCUUGACAGAUGGAGUAGGCUUGUUGUUCACCGGUCACUCUAGCGGUGCUGCAAUUGCGCAGCUCCUCUUCGCAUUCAUGCAUUCGGAAAGUUCGCCGAUAGCGCGUUUCAAAUCACUGGAUUCUAUUACAUGCGUAGAUUGCAUCACCUUUGGAGGACCGCCCGUUUCCAGUUAUCCGAUUACAUUCCCCUCAAAAAAGGCGUCAUUGUUCAUGUCGUUCAUCAACGAGGGAGACCCUGUUCCUCUUGCACAAGAAGAGUAUAUGCACAGCCUUGUCCAAGCAUAUACGCAACCUGUCACCAAAACUGAAUGGGAAGUCCCUCGGCCUUUCUACCUUCCAAGCGGAAAUCAAGUCGUUCUAAGAUGCGAAUCACAUCAAUCUGGUGAUGUUGAAAGAGUUGUAACGCUGCGAGUCGAAUGUGCAGCGCUGGAAGGACUUUUGUUCGGAGAUAUCGUUAUGCACAGCAUGAGCAUCUACAAAGAUCGGAUACAAAAGAUAUUGGGGCAGUUAGCACUACCCCAAGACCCCUUCGAGGACCCACAGUAGAGAGGCAUUAUCUAUCGCUGACUCACUAAGAGUUCCUCCGAAAUGGUAUUCUGUCUCGUGAUUAGAUUCUCCUUCUCCGUACACCCGAUAUUGUGAAACAGACGCUUCCGUGCAACCCUGAUAUAUCUCUCGUUCUUCAGUUUAUAUCCGAACGUCCACAGGGCCCAUAUCAGAAGCGUCAUCAUCAGGAGUGGCAGGGAAACUGCAAUAUAUAGGAACAGUCCUGGUUUCCAGACCUUGACAACGGUAUCGUCGACCUGGUUUCUGGGUUCGCGCUGAAACAUUGGUGUGCUGAAAAGACCUGAUACAAAUGUGCCUGGCAAGAAUAUCGUAGUC